AUGGGUGACUGGAACCUGCUGGGGAGGCUUCUGGAGAGUGCUCAGGAGCACUCCACGGUGGUGGGGAAGGUCUGGCUCACUGUCCUGUUCAUUUUCCGUAUCCUUGUCUUGGGGGCAGCUGCCGAGAAAGUCUGGGGGGAUGAAGAGUCGGGCUUCUCCUGCGACACCAAGCAGCCAGGCUGCCAGAACGUCUGUUAUGACGAAACCUUCCCCAUCUCCCACAUCCGCUUCUGGGUGCUGCAGAUCAUCUUCGUCUCCACCCCCAGCCUUGUCUACCUGGGCCACAUCCUGCAUCUGGUGCGCAUGGCGGAGAAGGAGCAGCAGCGAGAGGAGAUUUGGGGGGGCCAGCAGGAACCCCUGGUGCAGCAUAAACCUUCCAUCAAAGAUGUUCGUGGCAAAAUCCGCCUGCGGGGGGCCAUUCUGAGGACGUAUAUUUGCAACAUUGUCUUUAAGAUGCUCUUUGAGGUGAGCUUCAUUGUGGGCCAGUACGCACUGUAUGGGUUCGAACUAAAGCCCCUCUACACGUGCAAACGCUGGCCCUGCCCCAACACGGUCAACUGUUACAUAGCCCGGCCCACCGAGAAGACCAUCUUUAUCCUCUUCAUGACGGGGGUGGCCUGCCUGUCUCUGCUCCUCAACCUGAUAGAAAUGUACCACCUGAGCUUCACCAAGUGCAGGCAGAGGCUGGCAGCCGACCACUGUCGGGCACCCAACCCCCAGGCCAGCUCCAACGCUCCCAGAGAAACAAGCGACCACCACAUUCCCCACUGUCCUGCACCCUACAGCCUUCCCCAUGCCGCUGACCCCAGCCUUCCAUUGCAGCCUUACGCCAGCCAAGCUGCUCCCUCAGCGGGCGGGGACAGCCGUGCAGCACGGAGCAGCCGCGAGACAGGCAACCAGGGCCUGGUCAUGGAAGAACCGUUGCAGCAGGGCAGCAGGUCCAGUAAGUCCUGCACUAAGCUGAGACCCAGUGACUUGGCUGUUUAA